CUGUGGCAAGGCUGAAGUCUGGGCUGGAUUUGGGGUUUUAGGUGGGUGCUCCGAGGGCCAUGCAGCCCUCUACCAGGCCUGAGCUGCCUCUGCCCAAAUACUGCAGUGUAGCCACAGCCCGGAAAGCCCCUGACCCAGAUGGUGCCGGGCCACCCUGCGACUCCUUCACCUGUCCCUUUGCCACACAGGCACCCUGGCUGCCCAUGAACUGCACAAUCACCAGGUAUGUCUCUUCUCACCCAUGUUCCCACACUGCUGAUACACCAUGGCAGGGGCUUAGCUGGCUGGGAAGAGUCGGAGAUGCUGCUGGCCCCUGGGUCCUGGCCAGGAGGGAACCUGAUGACUUUUAUUAUCUGGCUCAGAUAAAGGCUGCUCCAGAGCUGGAGAGGCGGGGGGCCCUGGUUGUGGAAUUUGAGGCUCCCCUUGUCACAGGCCUAAAGCUGCCAGCCCAACAACGGAGAGUGGUAUUUCCAGAAGAUGUCGUUCAGUUCUCACCAUCCGGGCUGCACUCACUGCAACCGGGUGACAAGGUGCUGGCACCCUGGGAACCAGGGCAGCAGCAGUUCGGCCCUGGCACUGUUCUCUUGGGCUUGAAGAAACAAAAAGGCCAAAGAGCAUCUAAAGAAGAAGAGAUCACUGUUCACUUCUGGAAUGGCAAGACAACUAAGGUGCCUCUAGACAGGGCCAGCUAUGUGCCUCCCACUGUCUGGAAGAACGCUGUGGAGAGACUAGAAACACCUCACCCCAGGAACUACCACAGUCCUUUUCUUUGGGUACCUCACUGCUCUCAGCUGGGACCUCACACUGGAUGCUCCGCACACAAGCCUCCUCUGAACUCUUCCUUCUUAUCCCCUCACUGCCUCUCUCAUGCCCGCUGCCAGCUUCUGUAUCAGAGCUGUUUCUGUGGCUGUCCUUUGGUGGGGCCUAGCUGGUGGCCUCUAACUAGGACCUCAGAGGUCACAACCAGAAAACGCCCAGAGCUGGAGCUGAAGCCCACAGCUCAGCUUCUGCCCCUACAAGGUCCUAAAGAGGAGGCCAUAGCAGCGUUCAGCUGCAAUAUGUCCUCCUCCUCUGAGGAAGAGAAUUCUGAGAGUCAUCUGGAGAUGGGACUUCCUGAGAGACAGAUGGUAAGCAGGGCAGUCAACACUGACCCCAUCCUUUCUGAGAAGCCGCGGCAGCAAUUCGACCCCCGCCAGCCUGAGUGGAGGUACUGGAGGAGAAAUGGGCCCGAGCCACCCCCUGGAAAACCAGGAACAAGAUGUUGCCACAAUAAGAAAAAAGACAAGGACAACCAACAGGACAGAAUGCCAUCUGCAGUUGUGGGGAUUACCCAGAAGCUAGUCCUGGAAGCCACCAACAAGAAACCACGGCAGACUCAACCAGAAGCUGAACACAGACGAUGAAGCCAGGCCUUAGAACAACCAGAGGAACAAUUCCCUUAG